CUCCUCGUCCCGCCGCCAACUUAUCAAACCGGACCCUCCCCCCCACUCCCCCCCACCACCACCUCAGCCAUGUUACGGAACCCCUGGAUGGCCGGCUACCUGAGCCAGGUCGGGUACUGCGGGACAGGCUUCGGGGUUGAAGCUCCGGUCAAACCCGGAAGCCCGAGGCUCACGCACAAGAGGGCUCUGAGCCUCCAUAAAGAGUUUUCAUUUGAAGAGAAGGACGAAUCGGCUCAGAGCAACAAGGACAUUGAUGACAAUAUUUUGGCUGUCCUACCAAAAGUUUCAGAGUUGAAGAAACGGUUCGAAGGUGUCGUGUCCUGCGAUUUGGAGAUGAACAGGAAGGAGAGGAUCGCUCGCCGUCUGGAGGGGAUCGAGAGCGAGGUCCCGCCCGCCCUGUUGCCGGGCUGCGCGGUGGCCAAUCGGCUGCUGGAGGAGGACACGCCGCGCUACACCCGCGCCUCUGACCCCUGUGACCCCUGCAUCGUGGUCAGACGGUUCAGCAGGGAGGAUUUGGAGGCUCCGGAGCCCUCGGGUUCCGAGCGGCAGUCCAGAGCGCGGAGCCGGGCGGAGCCUCCGCCGGGGCGCGGGGACGCGGGGUCCGCCCCGGGGCCUGUUUCGGGGCCCCCCGGCCCCCAGGGCCUGGACUCCAAGGCGGAGCGGAUCGCGCGGUACAAGGCCGAGCGGCGGCGGCAGCUGGCGGAGCGCUACGGCCUCUCGCUGGAGCAGGAGCCGGAGGCGGAGCCUCCCGCCCGCUACGCCCGCCUCCGCAAGGAGGCCGACGCCCCCGAGAGGCGGAGCCAGGCGGAGCGCCGUCGCAGCCGGGAGCUCCUGGAGGAGGGGGGCGGGGCCGAGCGGGUCUCCCUGGGCGUGGGGCAGGCCGUCAUCCCCGCCAACGCGGACCCCGCCGGCCACGCCCGGGAGCGGGAGAGGGCGCUGAACGCCGAGAACUUCCGGCGGGUGCAGGACCGGGUGGCCCGGGCCAGCGCCCGCGAACACUCCAGCUACAUGGAGGUGGCCACCCCGCCGCCCAAGGGCCCCGCCCCCGGCCCCGCCCCCGCCCGAGACCCCGCCCCCGUCACCGGUGUGCCCAGCUCCCCCAGAGCCGCCCGCCGCUCCUCCCUCCCCUCCCCCCGCUACGGCGUCUCCCCGGGGGACCUGUUCAUCGAGCAGCAGGCCCAGAACAUCCUCAGCAGGCAGGGUAUCCGAGCGAGAGAGAGGCCGGCGAAAGAGGACCUGGCACCGGGACCCCAGCAGGUGCCGGAGCCCCCCUCUUCCAGGAGGCACCCCCAGGUUUGGGCUCCCUACAUGGGGAGCUCCGCCCCCCUAAACGUGGCGUCCCCCCCCCGACCCGGGGCCACAGGCCCCCAUCGGCCCGGCCCCCGCCGCCAGACCCGCGCCAGCGGGGCUCACGACGGCGGUACGAGAGAUAGAGCCGCCCAAAAGGAGGAGGAGCCUGGACCCCGCCCACUCCCGCGACCGCGCCCGCAGGCAGACGGAGGGCGUGGUGGUGAUCCGCCAGAGCGACUUCCCCGCCCCGGCCGGGCCCGCGGCGACGACCCGCGAAAUCGAGCGCCCCAGGUGGAGGCGGAGCAUGGACCCCACUCGUUACCACACCCACGCCCAAGACCACACCCACGGCCACCUGAGCAACCCAAAUGGAGGCGGAGCAUGGACCCCGCCCAUGGCCACGCCCACGGUCACGCCCACGGCGUCCUGCGAGAGGGGGGGGGCGAGCUCCGCGAGAGAGACCUCUCGGUGCUGGCCGAGCCGGCGACGGAGCAGGAGGCGGAGCCACCCGACCCGAGUCGCCACACCGACCCAGACCACGGGGAGGGCGGGGUCCGCGCCGAGGGCCUGCUGAAGAGCCGGAAGGCGGUGCUCCCCUCGGAGGUGCGCCGCAGGGAGAGGAGCGUGGACGACGUCCACCGCGGCCGCCACAGCGCCCCCCCCAGGGACGGGCCGGGGGCGGGGCGGCGCCGGGGUCCCGACGGCGAGGAGGAUCCGCCCGAGCCCCCGGUCCGCCUCCGCAGGGCGACGGUCUCGCCCGUGGCCCGGAGCGAGGGCGGCGGCGAGGGCGGCGGCGGCGGCGAGCUGUCGCCGGGGCGACACAAGAUCCGCACGCGCUCCAUGUCGGACAUCGGCGUGGUGCGGCGCUCGGCGGUGUUCCGCAGCCUGGAGCGGGCCGCCAGCAGGGAGAGGCUGCAGCCGCCGCCGGGCCGCGAGCCGGGCCUGGCCAACGGCGACGUCGCCGUCGCCGACAUCGGCACCCUGGACACCCGCGUCUCCGUCGCCCAGCUGCGCCACUCCUACCUGGAGAGCGCCAACAGGAAGCCCGAGCUGGAGGUGAGGGGCGAGCCGGCCGGCUUGGAUGGGGAGCCGGGCGGGAGGGGGGAGUGGGAGAGGAGCUCCCGUAGGCCCAGGAUGUACAUCACCCCCGGCGACGAUCGAAAGACCUGUGAGAGGUUCAGGACUCAGCCAAUCACGUCCGCCGAGCGCCUGGAGACGGAUAGGUCCUGUCUGAGCCCGUCGGACCUGCAGAGCACGGAAGCAGAUGAAGAGAAGCUGGAUGAGAGGGCCAAGCUGAGCGUGGCGGCCAAGAGGUCCCUCUUUCGGGAGCUGGAGAGGAGCACAGAUGGGGGGGUCCCCAAACCCCGCUCCAGAAACGCGGCGGUGGAGAGGCGGCUGAGGCGGGUUCAGGACCGCUCCCACACGCAGCCCGUCACCACACAGGAAGUGGUCAUCGCCGCCACUGCCCCCCCCACCCCGUCCUCACCCCCCACCUCAGCCCGCGUCCCCAGUCCCACAGUAACCAGCAGCGCAGUGACACACUUCAGUCUGCAGGCCUCGUCCCAGAAGGGGUCGGUGGCCCGAGAGUCCUCCCUGGGGAAGGAGGCGGAGGAGACGCGCUCCCUGGGGGCGGGGCCUAGCGAGCAGGGCCCGGAGGAGCCCGACCUCUCCACCCUCAGCCUGGCGGAGAAGAUGGCGCUCUUCAACCGCCUCUCGCAGCCGGCGCCAGGGCGGGGCCAGGACGGCGCCAGGCCCGACGCCCGCCACCGCAGAUCCCACGCCCGCUUCCAGACCCAGCCAAUCACGCUGGGAGAGGUGGAGCAGGACGUAGCCCCAGCAGAGCCUGUAGCCCCAGCAGAGCCCGUAGCCCCAGCAGAGCCCGUCCCAUUGGCUAACGGCCCCGUAGCCCAGCCGCAGAGAGACGUUAACAGUGAGAAACUGCAGAACGCAGGCGGGGUUAAGAUGGGGGCGCUGUCCGCCUCCGUGGUCCGAUCCGCCACGACCGGCACGGUCUCUACUGCCCACGCUGGCGAGAUCCACCUGGGCAGGUCCACCGCCGUCGUGUGCCCCCCCCAGCCCCCCAGCCGAGGGAAACGUGACAGAGCUGUCGCCAGGCAACAGGGUCUGAUUGACAUUAGCAUGACGAGCACCGUUGUCGCCGAGCCCCGCCCCCAGCCUCUCACAGAACUCCGCCCCCAGCCACUCUCAGAGCCCCGCCCCCAGCCUCUCACAGAACUCCGCCCCCAGCCUCUCACAGAACUCCGCCCCCAGCCUCUCACAGAACUCCGUCCCCAGCCUCUCACAGAACUCCGCCCCCAGCCACUCUUAGAGCCCCGCCCCCAGCCUCUCACAGAACUCCGCCCCCAGCCACUCUCAGAGCCCCGCCCCCAGCCUCUCACAGAACUCCGCCCCCAGCCACUCUUAGAGCCCUGCCCCCAGCCUCUCUCAGAAGCCACAGCAAGGGAGGAGGAGGAGAGAAAAAGAUGGAAGGAGGAAAGAAGAAAGAGGAGGGAGGAAGAGGAAAGGCUCCUCCUCUCUCCGGACGGGGAGAGACAGCAGCUCCAGCCCCUCCCCCCAGAGAGGAGCGGGGAGCGGCGUGCGGUGGCUGACCCCCCCUGGAGACGCGAGGGGGAGGGCGGGGCUGACCCCCCCUGGAGGAGGGAGGGGGAGGGGGAGGGCGGGGCUGACCCCCCCUGGAGGAGCGAGGGAGUGGGCGGGGCUGACCCCCCCUGGAGGAGCGAGGGAGUGGGCGGGGCUGACCCCCCCUGGAGGAGCGAGGGAGUGGGCGGGGCUGACCCCCCCUGGAGGAGCGAGGGAGUGGGCGGGGCUGACCCCCCCUGGAGGAGCGAGGGAGUGGGCGUGGCCUACCAGCACCGGCAGGAGCAGAGGAGCUACCUGAGGGAGCUGCACCAGGCCGACGGCGUCUUCAGGGCCAAGCCGGGCAUUGUGGAGCUGCCUGAGCCCACUGCCUCAGCGACGUCCCGGAGUCUCUCCCUGGCUCCGCACGCCAUGCCGCAGCCCCGGAACAGCAGCGGUGACCACGGCGACGGCGACCGCGGCGACGGCGAGCACCCCGAGCCGCCCGCCGCCCCGGACCCCGCCGACGACACGUCCGUCUGCCAGAUGUCCAUCAAAGAACGGCUGGCUCUGCUGAGGAAGAGUGGGGAGGAAGAUUGGAAGAACAGGAUCAACAGGAAACAGGAAGUGGUGAAGGCAGCCUCCACGGAGGGUCAGGCCCCGCUGUGGGAGGUGGAGCAGAGCGUAGUGCGGAAGGAGGAAGCGGUGGUAAUCCGUCAACAUGCGGUGUCUGAGCAGUUCUGGGAACCUGUCUUUGCUUCCACUUACUCUCCUGCUGCUGUUCCCAUUGGUGGUAAAUGUCAGUAUGUUGACCCCUAUAGCCAGAGGACGAGCGAGGAGACGGAGGCUCAGAUGACCGUGGAGGAGAGGAAGCGGCUGAUCUCCGCGCGGGAGGAGGCGUGGCGGGCCAGGGGUCAGGGCGUGGCCAACGACUCCGGCCAGUUCACCGUGGCCGGGCGCAUGGUCAAGAAAGGUUUGGCGCCCCCCGCAGUCACCAGCCCCGCCCUUUCUCCCGUCCCGUCCAAAACCAAGAGCACCAGCCCCGCUGUCACCAAGCCCCAGGAAGAAAUUGAAGCAAAGCCAGAUCUGAACUUGGAAUCCGACAAGAAGUUGGACAAUUUGGAAUCGUUCCUGGACCGAUUGAACAGUAAAGUGUCUGUGAGUCAGGAGACGACGGUGACGGUGACCGAGAAGGCGGUGAAGGAGGUGAUGAAGCUGGACGACGAAGUCUUCUCCAAGUUCUACCGGCACGCGACGGCCGAGCUCCCCGGGGUCACCGGGAGGGUGGAGAUCGACGACGACUUCGACGCCAUCUUUGGUCCUCAGGCGCCCAAGCUGGUCUCGGCCGUGGUGCAGCACAAGCGGGCCGUGCGCCCGCUCCGGAACGUUCCGUGCUCCCGGAACCCGCUGAAGACCCUGGCGGCCCGGGAGGACAUCCGGCAGGAGUACACCGAGCAGCGGCUCAACGUGGCCGCGCUGGAGUCCAGGAGGAUCAGCACCGAGAAGAUGACCAAGAGCUCAAGCUACUCGGAGGUGGCCCUGGCCGGCCUGGCCAGCAAAGAGAACUUCAGCAGCGUUAGCCUGCGCAGCGUUAGCGUCUCUGAGCAGACCAGCAACAACAGCGCCCUGCCCUACAAGAGCGUCAUGCUCAUGCAGGUCAAAGGCCGGAGGCAUGUCCAGACUAGGCUAGUCGAACCCAGAGCCUCGUCCCUGAACAGCGGAGACAGCUUCCUGCUGGUCACACCGCAGAGCUGCUUCAUCUGGAACGGGGAAUUCGCCAAUGUCAUCGAGAGGGCCAAGGCCUCGGAGCUCGCUGCGUUCAUCCAGACGAAGCGGGAUCUGGGCUGCAAGGCGAGCGAGGUGCAGACCAUCGAGGAGGGGACGGAUGCCGGCAGUCGGGUGGCCGAGGAGUUCUGGAACGUUCUGGGAGGGCAGACCGGCUAUCAGUCGGCGGGAAAGCCAGAGGAGGACGAGCUGUAUGAGAGUGCCGUUGUGGAGACCAACUGCAUCUUCCGCCUGGUGGAGGACAAGCUGGUCCCGGAUGACGACUACUGGGGAAAAGCCCCCCGCAUCGUCCUCCUGGACUCCAAAGAGGUCCUGGUGUUUGACUUUGGCAGCGAGGUGUACGUCUGGCACGGGAAGGACGUGACCCUGGCGCAGAGGAAGGUGGCCUUCCAGCUGGCCAAGCACCUGUGGAACGGCACCUUCGACUACACCAACUGCGACAUCAACCCGCUGGACCCGGGGGAGUGCAACCCGCUCAUACCCAGGAAGGGUCAGGGCCGUCCCGACUGGGCCAUUUUUGGGCGGCUGACGGAGCACAACGAGACCACCCUGUUCAAGGAGAAGUUCCUGGACUGGGCCGAGAAGACGACGAGGUUGUCGCCGAAGAACGACAACGAGCAAGUGUGUGAGCAGAGGGAGCAGCCGAGGGGUCCGGACUGCCAGCCCUACAACGCCACGCUGAUGCUGCCGGUGCUGCUGACGCCGGUGGGCAUGGUGCUGGACGGCGUGGACGUGGGGCGAGGCUACGGCCGGGUGGAGGGGCCGGACCGCCGGCAGCUGGAGAUCGCCACGCUGUCGGUGGACGUCUGGCACAUCCUGGAGUUCGACUACAGCCGGCUGCCCAAGCAGAGCAUCGGCCAGUUCCACGAGGGCGACACCUACGUGGUCAAGUGGAGGCACAUGGUUAGCGCAGCAGUGGGGAAGAGGCAGAACCCGGAGCAGGUGCGCACUGUGGCGGCUGGGCGGGAGAGGUGCGCUUAUUUCUUCUGGCAGGGCCGCAACUCCACGGUGAGCGAGAAGGGCACCUCCGCCCUGAUGACCGUGGAGCUGGACGAGGAGCGGGGAGCGCAGGUCCAGGUGCAGCAGGGGAAGGAACCCCCCUGCUUCCUGCAGUGCUUUAACGGGGGGAUGAUCGUGCACUCGGGAAAACGGGAGGAGGAAGAGGAGAACACGCAGAACGAGUGGCGGCUGUACUGUGUGCGGGGGGAGACUCCGCAGGAGGGCCACCUGCUGGAGGUGGCGUGUCACUGCAGCAGCCUGCGGUCACGCGGCUCCAUGAUCCUGCUGAGCGUGACGCACGCGGUCAUCUACCUGUGGCACGGCUGCAAGACGCAGGAGCACACGCGCACCGUGGGCCGCACGGCAGCCAAUAAGAUCAAAGAGCAGUGUCCACUGGAGGCGGGGCUUCACAGCAGCAGCAAAGUAACCAUUCACGAAUGUGACGAGGGGGCGGAGCCUGUGGGCUUCUGGGAGGCCCUGGGGAGGAGGGACCGCAAGGCCUACGACUGCAUGCUGCAAGAUCCGGGGAAGUUCAACUUCACUCCGAGGUUGUUCCAGCUCUCCAGCUCCUCGGGGGAGUUUGUUGCCGUGGAGUACUUUUGCCCGUCCCGAGUCCCUGAGCUGGUCAACUCCCUGCCCUUCCUGCAGGAGGACCUGUACAUGGCGCCCCAGCCAGCCCUGUUCCUGGUGGACAACCUCCACGAGGCGUACCUGUGGCAGGGCUGGUGGCCUCAGGACGACGAGGCUCCCGGCUCCGCCCGCAUCCGCUGGGACUCGGACAGGAAGUGCGCCAUGGAAACCGUGCUGCAGUACUGCAGAGAGAAGAGCGAGACGAAGCCGCAGAAGUCGUACCUGAUCCACGCCGGGCUGGAGCCGCUCACCUUCACCAACAUGUUCCCCUGCUGGGAGCACCGGGAGGACGUGGCCGAGAUCACCGAGAGGGAGGCGGAGGUGUGUAACCAGAUCAUCCUGGUUGAGGACGUCCUGGCCAGGCUGUGCCAGAACAUCUACCCCCUGAACAAGCUGCUGGCGCGCCCCCUCCCUGAGGGGGUGGAUCCCCUGCACCUGGAGCUCUACCUGUCGGAUGAGGACUUUGAGAAGGCGCUGGACAUGACGAGAGAGGAGUACGCUGGUCUCCCGGGCUGGAAGCAGGUCAACGUGAAGAAGGCCAAGGGACUGUUCUGAUUGGGACUCGACUGAGUUUGGGGGGAAGACCGUCGCCGUGACGACGGUCGCCGUGAGGCGUGGAAUGGGACUGGGCGGUUGCCGG